GGCGGGCAGAGGGGAAGGAAGGAAGGAAGGAGAGGCGGAGCCCGCCCAGGCGGCAGCAGCAGCAGCAGCAGCACCACAGGAAAAAGUUUGCAAAGAGUUUCUGGAGGCGGCUCCCAAGGGCGCUUGGUGCGUGGUGGUUGGAGGAGGCGCCCCAGCCGCAGCAUGGACGCCCUCAAGUCCGCCGGACGGGCCAUCAUCCGGAGCCCCAGCCUGGCCAAGCAGAGCUGGGCCAGCAGCAGGCACAAAAAGCUCCCUGAAAACUGGACUGACACCCGGGAAACCCUGCUGGAGGGCAUGCUCUUUAACCUGAAGUACCUUGGCAUGACGCUGGUUGAACAGCCCAAAGGAGAAGAGAUGUCUGCUGCUGCUGUCAAAAGAAUUGUAGCCACAGCAAAAGCAAGUGGUAAAAAGCUCCAGAAAGUUACCCUGCAGGUGUCUCCCAGGGGGAUCAUCCUCAGCGACAGCAUCACUAAUGAACCAAUCGAAAACAUCUCAAUAUACAGGAUAUCCUACUGCACGGCUGACAAGGCACACGACAAAGUUUUCGCCUACAUUGCCCAGAGCCAACACAACGAGAACCUGGAGUGCCACGCUUUCCUCUGCACCAAACGGAAAAUGGCGCAAGCCGUCACCCUCACAGUUGCUCAGGCGUUCAAAGUAGCGUUUGAAUUUUGGCAAGCAUCCAAGGAAGAGAAGGAGAAGCAGGAGAAGGCCAUCUUGGAAGGAGAAGGUACCAGCAGUCCAAGCUCAGACAGUUCUGCUUCUCCGAAAGGCUUGGUCACCAUAGGAAACCUCUUAGACCUUGAGAACGUUGCCAAAACCCCUUUGACUGUGAACACAAACUCUGCGCACUUAGAUGGCAGCAUCUUCAGGCCACAUUCACCAGAAAACAAUAACAUAGUAUGGACGUUGGAUGAUGGACUGGAUGAAGCAUUUUCAAGGCUGGCUCAGUCUCGAACUAACCCCCAAGUCCUCGACAUUGGCUUGAAUGCUCAAGAUGUCCAAAGCGCUGAAAUCCUCUCACCUGUAGACUGGGAUAAAGUUGAUUCCACGGCGGCGGCAGAAAAAGAUGAUAACUUCUUUGGGUUCUGACGUUCCCUCCCCCCAACCGUUUUUCUCCUGACAAGCGUUCAUGUUUAAUAACCACUAAGAGUCAAUGAACUUGAAGCACUGCAUCUAACUGGAGGGUUACAUUAAAUGACUAUUGUUUAUUCUUGGCAGGUGAUCUAACUGGAGGGUUUUCUUAAGAAGAGGGAAGGCUGAUAGCCUUGUUCAAAUGGAUGACACUCUAAAACCUUGUAGACCAAAGCUUUAGAUACCUAAUAUAUCUUUUAUAUAAAUUUCUUUUUGAGCUUUGCUUUUAUAUAUUUAUUCAAGAACCUCUCCAGUUUACAUAUAUUAUGGAAAUUAUGUAGCAUCCUCUAACAUAACAUGAGAGUAUUAGUCUGUUUUCCCCAUGGUAAAUGGAGGUGUUAGCUAUGUCUGUGAAGGGGGUUGGCUGUACGUCACCAAAGUGAUCUGAACUGCUUUGCCUUUUCCCAGGUGUUCCAGCAAGGAAGGAAUUGCUCUAGGAGAUACAGUGAGGGCAGGCUAGUGACUGCCUGGCUGGCUUUGAGUGGUGGGAUUGAGCUGAGGAUACUGUUGCUACUUUACUAAUGGCAAGAAAAUAGCAAUGGUUGGUAUCCAGACAAAUGCAGCGUGGCCAUGCCAGGAAGAUGCAUCUGCACUGAAGAGAGCUUACCCACUACCGCUGCAUCUCUGCAUGCAGCAGGAGGGAGCAAAUUUUUAACAAACCUCUGGAAGUGCCCUAUGUCACUCGAAAAUAUGUCCCUGAGGGCUGUGCAGCCCUCAGGGACAUAUUUUCAGGUGGUGCAGGGCAUUUACAGAAGCAGAGAACAUCCAGAUUUGCUCCCCGCCACAAUGCACCCCCCACUGCACAGCUGGGAAAACUCCACAGUGCAGACAUGACUUUCUGGCACCUCUGUGCUUCAUUGUACUCUCCCAGCAAAUCCAGCAACAGCUAAGUGGUUGGGGCAUAGCUAGAUGGGUCUCAUUUCCGGGACCAGUAGGGUUGUUUUGGUCCUACUGACCCUCACCCUUCUACACACUGAUUAGUAAGAAGGAAGGAUAGGCUGAAGCAAACCUCAUAGUCUGCAAACUGUGUGGAUCAGAGCUAAUAAAACUGAACCUUUUUGAGACACAAUGAGAGGGAGUAACAUGGAGGAUUGCAUGUAAAUGAUUGGAGGGUGUCUUUUCGCCCUACAGGGUCAUGCACCUGAUAUGGGCGAUGAUAUUAUCUUUAUUUUAUUUUAUUUUAUUUUAUUUUUUUAUUUAUUACAUUUCUAGUCCACCACAUCCAAAGGCUCUGGGCGGUACACAAGUUUAAAAAACAUGAAAACAAACACCACUUAAAACACACUUCUUACAACAAUAUAAAAACAAUUUUAAAACAAUUCAGAACCAUUUAAAAUCAAUUAAAAUGCUUUUUAAAAGAAACAAUUUUAAAACCUUGAAAGGCCAGGCGUUUUUAGGGCCCUCUUAAAGGCCAACAGUGAGCCCAAACUGCGGAUAUCUACCAGGAGUGCAUUCCAUAGGCCAGGAGCAGCUACAGAGAAGGCCCGGCUGCGAGUUGCCACCAGACAUACCGGUGGUAACCGGAGAUGGACCUCUCCAGAUGACUUCAACAUGCAAUGAGGAUCAUACAGAAGAAGGCGCUCUCUAAGGUAGCCCAGACACAAGCUGUUCAGGGCUUUAAAGGUGAUAACCAGAAGUUUGUAUUUUGCCCGGAAACGUAUCGGCAGCCAGUGCAACUGUUUUAAAACAGGCAUAAUAUGGUCUCUCCGGGUUACUCCAGAGACCAGUCUGGCUGCCGCAUUCUGAACUAACUGAAGUUUCCAAACUACAUACAAAGGCAGCCCCACAUAGAGCGCAUUGCAAUAGUCCAGCCUGGAGGUUCCCAGCUGAUGCACCCUAGCCUAAGGAAACCACCAACCUGGCUUCACUAUUUCCAUGGGCAGGAGGAGCCUCGCUUCUCUUUUCCUUGUUAGAACACCUGCUGGCCUUGAGUACUAGGGAUGGUACAGUGUACCUGGUUGCUUUCCAUAGUAAGCAGAGGUGAUGUUCUGAAAAGGCCUUCCUCUUCCUUGAGACAGGUGUGAACUUCACCAUGAAUCCAGGAAACUGCCAUCUGAAUAUGUUCAAGUGGUCUGCAGUUGGAAUUGGAGUUCAAGCAUGCACAUGGAUUGGACACAGAUGGUCCAUGGCCCUUUUGCAGCCUGAUUGUUGAGACAAUGGGGCCACAUGAGGGUUUUUUGUUUUGUUUGUGGUGGGGGUUGCAAGAAUUUCAGUCAUCUGUGUUUCUACCCAGACUUCAGCCUGGGAGCUUUCCAGAUUAAACCUACAACUGUGUCGCUGCGAAUCUGCUAAGUGUGUUUCCAUACUUCCUGUGUUGUGACACGGCAGUCUCUGGGCAGACGGCAAGGUGCCGAUUCCUUCUUUCGGAUUUUAUCUUUGCAUUAUAGUGAUAUAACGUUGCAAGUCCAUUGCAGGGAAAAUAGCUGUAUUUUAGCGUUUGAGAUCCUGGGGAUUUGUUUUCAAUACGAUCCUGCCGAGUUGAAGCAUUUUACCCAUUGUAGCCUGUAAUCUGGAAAGCGCCCUGCAUACAAACAGAAGAUGAGGUAGUAAAACUGUUCCUGUACUGUGCCCCUUCAGACUGCAAAUGGGAGAUUCACAAGACGAUGGUGCACCUCCUGUGUAAGGAGAAAGCCUUGUUGCACAUAGAGAACUAAAUGCCAGAGAGAAUAAUUAGGCUCUUCCUGAUAUGUUGGGGGGGGGUUAUAUGCAGGGUGUGUGCGUGUGUGUCUAAGAAUGUUCAAACAUAUGAACAAUGUUCAAACACAUGAAUAUUCAGACUACUGUGCAGUCGGAAGUGCUACAGACCAAUUCCCCCACCACCACCUGCCGUUUGCUCAGACAAGCAGCAUCACUUGAGACAAAGGAAGAAAGGAGGAGGGUGCACAUUUGGCUGACAGAAGGUGAGAUGAUAGGUGAGGUUCUCCAGAAAAGGCUUUGUGUUUUGAGGAGCAGGACUGUGUGUGAGAGAGGUGGGGAAGGUUGCAUUUCCAUGUGUACCUGCAGGGUCUUGGAGUUGCCGCAUUGCCUUGAUCCUGAGCAGAAGGCUGCAUGCUUGCUGAACAAUGCCUUGCAUCUAUUCUGCAUUUUCACCCCUUCAGAGAAGGCGGCUGCUUAUGGCUGCACUUUUCCCUCUCGGACCCCACCAAAGAAAAAGUGUGGGUAGGCUCUGGCAAAAGAUAAUGCAAGUUUUAAGGACCAACAUCUGCUUUUGUACAAGUAGUUUCAAAAGCAGUUUCCAUCUUGUAUUCCUCUUAUACUGGAAGCAGGAAAAUCGCCAUAGCUGAUAAAAUGAAAGAGAAUUGCCUUUGAAUUUUCAGUGGGCAGAAUAGGCUUUCUUUCUUUUUCUUUCUUUCUUUCUUUCUUUCUUGGUCAACUUCAAAAUGAAGUAGGCGUGCUUAUCCAAAGACUUGUAGCUUUGCACUUUAAAACAAACUUGAACUGAAAUUAUGGUUUCAAAUGGCAAACAAGCCUUGUGUAACCAUAACCUUUUCUCUUUUCUCUUUUCCUUUUGAAAGUGUUAUUUCAAAAACAAAACAAAACAAAACAGCAGUCAAAUGUUCUUCCUACAACUGAUUCCUCGCUCUUUUGCAGAAGCAAAAUGUGUGAAGAGACAUCCAUCACAUUGAUGGAGAUAUUGGAGUUUCAAUCUCCAUGUUUAUCUUCACAUUAGCCACCUAGGAAGAAUUCAGCUGCUGAGGCUUGGCUGCAAGUUUAAAAAUAAAAAAGUGGCCUUUUGUUUCUUCUCCUUAAACCAUCUUCCCUUUCUGUUUGACUUGUUCCAUCUUGCUCCCCAAGCAUUUAAACCAUUAGAUAGAUGGCUGCCAAAUUGGAUUAAAGAAAAGCAGUCAUUCCUUUUGACCUUCCAUUUUUAAAGAAAACGUGGCUGUUUGUAUGUGAGCUUAUAUUUUACCCCCAUGUCUUCCCUGCACACCACCUGCAUUUCUUGCAGAGGCUUAGAAAAGAAUCUCUGUCUGAUUUCUCAUUUUGUAGACUCUGGAUUUAUAAAGCAAAAUAAUGGGACAAUCAGGAUUAAGGUCAUUAAGAGAUUACUUUUAACAAUGAUCUUGAAUAGCUGCACUGUGACACAGUUUGCCAUGUUUGUGGCCUUGUUGGAAAUAUACUAAUCUGUUUUAUGGAUUUGUAAUUGGCUGCUGAAAUACUAAUUUUACUUUCCCAAGUACACUUUUUAUAACUCUGCUAAUAUAAUAGUUGUGCAAAGCAAAACUUUAAACAGGCUGAGAAGACAGAACUCUGAACAGAGGAUUAAUCUGAAACCAGGUAGUUUGGAAACUUUCCCCUUGUACCACACUGUUUAUACUCUGAAGAAAAGUGUGUAAAGAAAUGUCCUUCAUCUCAUCAAGCAAAGGUAGCUGUGAUGUGUCUGAACUUGCUCAGGGCACAAAGCUCUUACAUUUGGGUUGGUGACAUGAAGCCAGUUGAAGAUUUCUACUUUUAAAAGUGUCUUCUUGCUUAUAUGGGCAAACGAGGCAGGAUUAUGUGCCCAAACCUGAAACCUGGCAGGGAGCUGUGACCAUCCUAAGAACUGUUGAAAUAAUAGUCUAAGAGUUUUAUCUCUGUGUGAAUAUAUGCUUUUUCUUUUCUUUUUUUCCUUUCUUUUCUUUCUUUUCUUGAGAUCCUCUGAGGAUAUACUUAACAUGCACAAUAUAAUACCUGUGUGUAUAUAGUUAAACAUAUGCUGUAAAAAGUAUCAGUGUGAUGAGUAAAUAAAGUCUACCUUUUUCUCCGUUA